ACGUCACAUGUUUAUAGAAGAUAAGAAGUGUGUGUGUGUGUGUGUGUUUGUAUGUCUGUAUGUGUGUGUGUGUGUUUGUGUGUAUAUAUGUUUGUGUGUGUAUAUGUGUGUGUGUGUAUGUGUUUGUAUGUCUGUAUGCGUGUGUAUGUGUGUGUGUGUGUGUGUGUGUGUGUGUGUGUGUUUGUGUAUGUGUUUGUGUGUUGCCUGCUGGAUCUUACUCUGCAUGUUUAACAUUCCAGCUGUGCAAAGGCGUUUCCUGUCGAAGACCGAGUUCCUGCAGCGCACCCUGGCCAGCUCUCUCUCUCUCUCUCUCUCUCUCUCUCUCUCUCUCUCUCUCUCUCUCCCUCUCCCUCUACUUCCUGAGGCUUUUCCAUCUCUUUCUGUCGUUCCUCUCGUUCGCUCGGGGCUUCAGUUUCACCGAGGCGCUCGUAUCGAGUGUUUCGUAUUGGGUGGUAAUCUGUACAUGUAGGUCAGCCUCGCCGCUGAAGGGCCGCUUGCGCAUCUUUGGAUUUGCAUGUUUGCACGAGUCUACAGAGCCUGACUCCGCCCCCUCCUGUGUGAUAUGACAUCAUCCAGCGGUUGCCACAGAAACCAGGGCUCCACUGCAGACAGUUGACAGCCAGGCAGGUACAGUGAUGGCGACCCAAGUGGAGCUCGAGCCUGGAAUGAUGAGCGGCCGUCUGCGUUUGAGUCCUCUGACUGACUCGAGUAAUAAAACCCUCAUGGAGGAUUCAUCCAUCAUCGGUUCAGACCCCAAGAAACCAGUCCCAGGCCCCAAACCGAGACUCACCCCAAAACCUUUUGCUGUGCAGAGAAAUACCACGAUACGACCCAUUGUUGCUCCCAAACCUCAGCCCAAACCCAAACCGGAGUCGCUGACCAAACCAGAGCCACCAGGCAAACCCAAGUCAAGAACUAAAUCAACUUCUGGGCCAGACAGCACACCAGACACUCCAACACUUACAUCAGAACCUUCUCCUCCUUCUAAUGAUCCUGGUAAACUCAAGCCGACUGAGACAGCAGGCGUGGUACGAAGAACAAGUAUGGGACCUUCAGCGUCUCAGUCCAGGCCUACAGAAUGGUCAUCUCGACCCAAAUCUGGUGGUUCUAUCACUCGGGCAAAAUCCAUGGGCUUCCUCAGUAGUGUUGGUUUGGAAGAGGAUGUGGGUAAAGAGCGCGACGAGGUCGUGCGUCGUCCUCAGGAGACCAGAAGCUCCAGGCCGAGACCCGUGUCGGCUAUUUUCCUGCCAGACCCCGCUGCAUCUCCCACCGCACCUUCCGCACCACUCCCUGUGGACAGGCGGCCGCUUUCGAAUGAUCUCACCGCCAAAUUCGAGCCCUUCGCACAAAGGCAAGCUUCAACAGGGGAGAGCAAGGAGAACACGCCGGAGAGCCCUGCCCCAGAAGACGGUGUUCGGAAGAGAGAGCCUUUGGAUGCGAAGCCUUUAGAAAGAGCAGGAAGUGGUAUAAAGAGGAGGAUUAGUCUUCUUAUGGACUCGUCUUCGUCCGCGGUUUCGGUUCCUGUCACGCGAGGUGCCGAGCCUCGUUCUCCAGUGCCACCCAUCGCAGAAACUGAUGGCGGUGUCGGAGUGAAACAGCGAAUCAAAGAACUGACCGAGGAUUUCUCCACCGCGCCGACUCCACUCCAGAAGCCACAGUUUAAGCCCCGCCCACUUCCAACGGAUAUAACGAAACGCUUUGCGUCGGACGCAGAGAGCACGAGCUCCAGCGAGAUGAAAAGCGUCCAGGAAGGAGUCGAGGAACUCGGCAAAAAGUCCAAGGACCUCCCUUCAACCGGGCAGACAAAACCACAGGAAGAUCAGGACUUGCCUGCUAACGGGACUGGCGGUGUUCAGACUGUGAGAGCAUCACUUUUUGAGAAUGUGGUGGAGAAACACAGCGUCCAAAUGAUUGAGGAUGCUCACUCUGGUUUGGCGAAGCACACACCCAGACGCAGCCUCUCUCUUCGGACUAAAGGAAGCAGUUUAGUCAAUAUUCUGGACGACGAAGAUGACCGGUCUCUGGUCAAGGCUACGUACCAGAAGUCGGUGUCUCCUUCCAGUCCAAAGCGCAUCGAUCAUGUUUUUGACAUGGUGGCUGCGGUUGAGGAGAGUCGUGCGGUUAGCGAAAACAUUCCGGGUGCCCAUCUGGAAGAAAAGGCUCUCACACUUCGAAGGUCCAGUGGAGGGGAAAGGCUGCAACAACCCUCUUUGAAUGAUGGGAUUCCAGGAGAUGAGGAGAACAGCUUCACGGUGGGGUCCAGUAACGUGUUUAAAGACAAAGACAGACAAUCGACUGGUCCUGCCGUGGAGAAGAGUAAUACCCGUUACCUCCGAGUGGGAGCGCUGCCAAAAUGGGAAGAGACUUUUGUUGAUAAAGAAACAGAGCUGGAAAUGGCAAAGCAAAGGGAGAUGGUGAGAAAGAUGGAGGAAGAGAUCCAGAGGCAGAUGGAGAUCCACAGGGCUGCGAAAGCGGACAUCGAAGAUGAUGAGCUGGAAAAUGAGACCGAGAUGGAAAUAGAAAAUGCUGCAGCUCUCAGGCAGCCGAAGGUACCAGAAACUGAGGAUCUGCAAAUGACCAGGCCGAGAGCGACUUAUUUCGCUCUUACAGGUCAGAUGAACGAGACUGUACACCAGAGAGCAGGAAUAGACCAGGAAGAGAUGUUUAGGAAUGAGACGAGAGGAAUCGCUGAAGACCGAGGUAAGCCAGGUGUGGCAUUCGAGGACUUCUCUGUGAAAGUAGGGCGAAGGAGUUUUAAGAGUCCAGUGCCGUCGAUAAGAAGGAACCCCUCCUUGCAACCUUCCUUUAGGAAAAAUUCACCAGAAGGACUUCAGAUCAGUGAGGGUAGAGACGGGGCACCUUGGUACAGAGAACAAGAAAAAGAGAAGGAAUAUCAGAGAGCAAUGGAGCUAGAGUUGGAGAGACAGAAAGCAGCAGAGUAUGAGAAGAUGAAGGAGCUCGAACGGCAGAGAGAGUUGGAGAAAGAAAAAGAGAGGCAGCAAGAGUUGGAAAGACAGAGGGAGAGACAGAAAGAGAUGGAACGACAGAGAGAGUUGGAGAGGCUAAAGGAAAUUGAAAGACAGAAACAAUUAGAAAAGGAACGUCAAAACCUGAUCGAGUACGAAAGGAGAAAGGCAGCCGAGAGAGAGCUUGAGCAACAGAGGGAGGUUGAGAGGCAACAGAGGGAGGUCGAGAGGCAACGGCAGAAGGAAUUAGAGAGGGAGAAGGAGAGAUUGCUAGAGGAGGAAAAGAUGAAACUGAGGGAGUAUGAGAGACAGCAGGAGAUGGAGCGAGAAAGGAAAAGACAAUUGGAGUUGGAGAGGCUGCGAGAGAUCGAAAGACAAAAACAAAGGGAGCUCGAGCGGCAGAGAGAGCUCGAGCGGCAGAGAGAGCUCGAGCGGCAGAGAGAGCUCGAGCGGCAGAGAGAACUCGAGCGGCAGAGAGAACUCGAGCGGCAGAGAGAGCUCGAGAGGCAGAGAGAACUUGAGCGGCAGGCAGAACAGGAACGACAGAAAGAGACUGAGAGACAGAAACAACUAGAGGAGAUGGAGAAACAGAAACAACUAGAGGAGAUGGAGAGAUGGAUGCAGUCAGACAGACAGAAAGCACUGGAAAGGGAGAAACGGAGAGAGAUGGAAGAUCUCAAGAAGAUCCAGGAUCUUGAGAAACGUCAGCUUCUUGAGUUCCAGCUUCAGAAAGAGAGCGAACGGGAGAAACAAGCCACGAGGAAGAAGCAGGAAAGAGUGGAUGAAGGGCAGAGAGAAGCUGAACAGGGAAAGCGAACUGCAGAAUCUCCUCUGCGGCCCAAAGUACUGGACCUGGACACCGUUUCUCUAGGGGAUCGGUUUGGUACGAGUUUGGGCAGUGAUCAGAGCCAAACGCCCAGAUGGAGGCAGCCUUCAAAUCGUGAUGAAGAAGCUUACAAGCCAUCCAUUUUGGAUGUUGACUCCUUCAAGAACCAAACACAACCUGGAGUUUCUGUGGAUUCGUUUGGAAUGCCUGCAUUCUCAAGUCUGGAUUCGGUUAGAGCCAAACCGAUGACUCCAACCAGUGGAGCCAAAUCACUGUCUCCAAUUCAUCCUCAGUCCUUGUUGCAGAACCUCCAAAGAGACGCCUCUCUUCAUUCUCAGCUGCAGGCUCCUUUUCAGUCUACCCUCUCAGAACAAGCAAGACUUCCAUCACCACUUCAGCCCCAGAUUCUGAACCAACCAGAGCUUCAAGCCUUUGCCUCAGAAAGACCUAAACCCCAAACACAAUCACAGUCCUUCACCCCAGACUGGACCCAUAAUGAGCACCAAUUUGACAUGUGGGGAGGUUCACAGAGGGAAGUAGCUGUGGAUGAACCUUUGUGGUUGUCUUCAACAGAAAGUUCCAGAAGGCCUAUUAGUGCCAGACCGUCCAGUCUGGAGCAACUACUCCAACGGCAGGACGAACGAAUUACAGGGCCCGUUUUGAGCCCGGCUUUACCUCCUUCACUGACACCAACUUUGACUCCAGUUCAGUCUCCUGGCCUCAUACCUCCAGUGGUUCCUGUCCAGAUGCCUACAGUCAGCACUGCAACUUCCCCAGGACAGAUUUUGAGCUUGGAGAGAAUUUUGAACCCAGAUAGUCUUUUUGCUGGUAGUAGGAAGGAAAACCAGACUGCCUUUACUCCACUGGUACCCGAACCUAUUUGGAGCCCAAACUGGGAGCUGGCAUCCCAGGAACCCAGCCAGAUGCAACACAGGAUCACAAGGUCCCAGGAGCAGUCACGAAUGCGAUCGAGAAGCAUUAACCAGAGACCUGCUCCCGCAGAGACCUCUGUAGACGGGCCGUUAGCUCGACUCAGGAGCCGCAGUGCACACCGAGACAAAAGACAAGAAAGCUGGGAGCAGCUGAAGCAGAGUCUGAGCGGACAGGACGAGGGUAAGGACACGGACAACCUGGUGCAGGAGACGGACAGUCAGUACGGGACAUGGGACACGGGACUGCACACGGAUGACAGUCUGACCCCAUCAUCGGAUAGCAACCUCGUUCCGUCUCCACGGAAACCCUCUUUGCCUCACACCCCGAAUCAGCUGAGCCCGGAGGAGCUGACGGAGCCUAUCAACUUUCCACAGUCUCCCACUACCUUGCUAGACUCCAGCGCUCAGCGCUCCAAAGCUCAGCUGAGUAAGAGCUGUCGCCGCCGCAGAGCUCCGCCCUCUCGAGCCGCCCGUCAGAGCGCCGUCCUGUCCGACACCUCAGAGCCUGGGACUGACGAGUGGAGAUUCAAAGACUCAACAGAGGAUAAACCCGACUCGGCUAAGCAGCAGGAUGACGAGUCGGACGAGGAGGAACCGACUCGAGCAGCAGACACUCGCACCUCCUCCUCACAGCCUCAGAGAGUGUCGCUCUUCCCCGGCAUGGACCCCUCCGCUCUCAUGGCCCAGCUGAAGAAGAGAGGAGAGACAGACAGUCAGACAGACAGCUCGUCUCCAUCACAGCUCUCUCGCUCGCCUAAAUCUCCCUUCCUGGGCCGAGCGUCGCGAGUGCUGCCCCCUGUAGGUGGUAAAGAGAACGGGGAAGAGUCGUCGCCUCAGUGGCUGAAAGAACUUAAAACCAAGAAGCGGUUUAGUCAAAUCGAGAACGACAGCUAGAACACAAAAAAAUGCCUUAUACCUGGAGUAUCUGUAGCUCAACUGCAAUGACACAAGCCUUAACCUUUGACCCCGGCGUCGAUGGGAACUCUGCUGCUGCUGAUGACAUCAUCGUCCACCUCGCGUUCGCCCGGUGGUUCGCUUUCUCUGUGCUCCUCCCAUUGGCCAAGGCGUCACACGUGCAUGGUGCCUUUCUAGGAGAUCUACGACUGACAAGACGAGAUCUGUGUGUGUGUGUGUGUGUGUGUGUGUGUGUGUGUGUGUGUUCGUUCUUUUCCUGUGAGAGGAUUCCUUUUGCAUAGAGCCACUUUAUCUAAUCUAAACCAACACUUCCUGGUUUGUGAUGUCAUCAGGAAGAACACGGUUCACGGGACCACGCGUGCGUACGACUGCGGCCUGGGAACGCUCGUGCGACCGGACGACGGUCGUUUACUCCAUCGUUCCUUUUUUAUUCCUCUUUGGGUUUAUUUUUGUCUGUUUAUUGUUCUCUUUUCUUCCGUAGUUGUUCUCUCUGCUCGGCGGGUUUAGGUGUUGCGCACGCGUCUCUCUCGGACGCGUCUUUUCUCUUGUUCAUAUUAACCCGCGACUAAACGACUGCUGCACUAACUCUCGGACAGUAUAGAAGACAAGUAUUUAGGAGUUUAAAGGACGUUCAGAUGUAGACUCGUAUUGUGAAAGGUCUGAAGAAGACAUUCCGAAGAAACGCAGGAACGAGAGACACAGAGAGAGAGAUUUAAAAAAAAAACUUUUUUCUUAUUAAAACAGAUUUAUUACAUGAACUACAUGGCAGGUCGUGUCGUUAUAUUUCACGCCCCAUAAUCAGUUAAACGAUACGUCACGAUCCGUACCGCGGACGUCCUCCUGUGAUAAAGAUCACCUCAGCAACAGCGCCAUCUUUGUGUGAUAUAAUUAACUGCAGCGCUAAUAGAAUUUGUUUUGUUUUGUUUAAUAGAACGUCGUAAUAAAUAUCGUAAUCGUGCCUCUGCUUCACUUAUGGGUGGACGGAUCAUCCGUUUAUUAGCAUUCCCACCGGACAGGUCGAGCUCCCGAGUCCCCUGUUUCAUCUUUGGUCGCUUGGAAACCUUCUAGACGAAGUAACGUGAUGUAGCGGAGUAUAGUGAGCUAGCUAGCUAGCUACGUAAACUCGGCUGGUGAUUAUCACGUUUCUAACGUGUUUACGUUUAAAAAUAAAUAAAUAAAUAAAUACGCACGUCACAUCCGUACAGGAUUUCACAGGUUUUUUUAAAGUUUUUAUUUUUUGGGGAUUGUUGCGACUUUUUUUUCUAAAUUUCCGACGCGGGGUUUUCUGAUUCGUCGAAAUCACAAUCGCACGAACUUGUUCGGCACGCUUUUUACACAGGGAUGUUUGUUUGGUGAACGAGACGUUUCAGCUGUACUCGUGUUCAUUCAGCUUUGUGAUGACGUCGCACGACGCACAAGUCUGCGGGAAAUUCGCGGUAAUUGUUUUUAAGCUCCGAAUAUCGCGGGGUUUCCUCGAUGUCCACGUAGUAAGCCAGGAGAGCUGUGUGACUGUUCGACGUCACGCUUUUCGCACGUUUCCACAAGCACGUGCACGUUUGUCGUUCUGAAAAGUCGGCUCGUUGGCGUGCACGUGUGUAGUGCGGCAGGUGGUGGGAUUCAGAGCGAGUAGCCGAUGCUCGCUACUUUUAAACGUCAGCGCUAGCUUACGGAGCUUGCUCGUCCGCUGGGAGACUGAAUAAACCUCCUAGCCUGUCCUGGGAUACUGAUCUGUCCACCUUCGCUGAGAUUCUGGACGUUUAAAGUCCAGCAGGUUUGUUUUAUUUUUAUACAGAGCCAUUUAGACAAUCAUUCCAUUACGGGAAGGAAAUCGGAUUAAAGCGGUUUCGGCCGAGAGCGUUCGGCGUCUUUCUUUCUUUAGCUUAGCGAGCCUGGUGUAGGAACACUUCAUCUUCUGUGUAAGGAAAUGUCCAUAUAUACGUAGCUGCUCUCUCUCACACACACACACACACACACACACACACACACACACACACACACACACACACACGCCAGAAAUCGAAUCUGUUUCACCAGUAAACCCCGCCCCAGAGAUGUAAAGAUGGAGUUGUAUAGAGGAAAGCAGCGAGUGUAUAAAAUGUUUUUAAUUGAGAUCGACUUUAGUAAAGAACAUCCUGGCUGCGUUUUUUUAACCGCAUGUACAAUCGUUUAUUUUUAAUCGCUCUCGUAUCCAAAACCAGCUGCUUGCUUUAACGACGGGCCAGAACCGAACUCUCGUGACGUUGCACAAUCAGAACGGACCUCUCUGUCGCCCCCGUGCUGUUGGGAUGAGCCGUACCCGGUGAACGCUGGUGUUUCGUCUCCGUCACUGCGACCUCUGUCGUUUGGUUGUUGUUUUUUUUUUUUUUUUUUUUUCCUCGUUGGGUUUGUACAGAUGUGCGAAAGGGAAAACUUUAACUGUUCAGAUGAUUUGUUGUUUUGUUUAGAGGGAGUAAACCCUCACCUGAGCGCUCUCCAUGUUCCCACGAUCGGAUAAUCCGUGACGCACUCCCGCUGGGCCGACGAACACCGGGACUGAGUGACGUGCUGCCGCUUUAUGAAGCGCGGUGCGGCGUGGAGAGAACGCGAGGGGAACGUGGCGUGGAAGCGAGGUUUCUCGUCCUCGUGUUUUUGUCCGUUCGCGGGAAAUUCCUCUCUUUGUAUUUUUAAAUUUCACCAUAAAGAUGUUUAUUGCACUGUGUUGUAAGACCGGUGGUUACGACUGUACAUUCAUAAUAAAAUUUACAAUAAAUUUA